UCUCCGUUGCCAUAGGCAACUUCCAGCUGAGUGACGGCGGGGAGGUGCUGAAGCUGUUCAGCCCGACGGAGGCCACGUGCCUGGAGCUCCUGAUGAGGGACCCGCUGCGGCCCUUCGUCCCCCAGUACCACGGCCUGCUGACCCAGGGGGAGGAGCGCUAUACCCGCCUGGAGGACCUCCUGGGGGGGCUCGCCCGGCCCGUCAUCAUGGACGUGAAGAUGGGCGUGCGGACCUACCAGGAGGAUGAGAUGGCGAAGUGUCACAGAGAGCCCACCCUGCGCAGCGACAUGUACCACAAGAUGCUGAAGGCGGACCCCGGGGCCCCGUCGGCGGAGGAGCACGAGCAGGGGGCCGUGACCAAGUGGCGCUACCUGCGGUGGAGGGAUACGACCACCUCCACCUCGACGCUCGGGUUCCGCAUUGAGGGCAUCAUGAUGGAGAACGGCAGCGUUCAGCGGGACUUUCGGAAAAUGCUGAGCUUAGCGCAAGUCACCGAGGUGCUCCUUUACUUCACCAAGAGUCGCAUAGACAUCCUGACGGCCUACCACUGCAGACUGCAGGCUUUGGGAGACGCCUUGGAUACAUCCCCCUUCUUCAGCUCCCAUGAGGUGAUCGGCAGCUCGCUCCUCUUUGUCCACGACCACAGCGGAAAGGCCAACGUUUGGAUGAUCGACUUUGGGAAGACCACCCCUUCUCCGGACCGGAUCCGGCACGACGUCCAGUGGGCCGAGGGGAACCGGGAGGACGGGUACCUCAUCGGGCUGGCCUCCCUCACCUCCUCGCUGCACCAGGCCAUCACCCUGGCCUCCCAGCAGCAGUAGGCCCACACAGGGGGCUUGAAGACAGAGGGGAGCUGCAGAGGACAGUGGGGGUGUCAGUAGAAUAUAACGUUUGCUGCUGGACGGCCCUUCAACAAAGCAAGAAUUAAACACACUUUAACACAUGCGACAACAAGUGGAUCCAACCGUACCAGAACACACUGGGUGAUGACAGGGCUCGAUAUUCCAUUAUAAUUAUGAUUACGCGUGUUCUCCUUGACGCUCAACUAUGCACUUAUUAAAGAGACAAUAUUUCAGUUUUCUUUCAUGACAACAAAUCAUGACAUAUUUUUCUUUUUUUUAAUAUGCAUACAAACAUCAAAACAUACACCCCACAUGGACACCCUAGCAAAAAGAAAAACACAACAACCAGUCAUUGUUAUGACAGUAUGUGAAAAGAUUAAAACGUUUGUUGGGGCUUAGACAAAGUUGGAACCACUCAACAAUCCGACGUUCACCAAAUGACAUGUAGACUACAAGCCCACAUAUCCACUAAAUAUCCACUUGUUUUGUACACACUUUCAAGGACAUGUAUACUCAAUUAAAGCUUGCCAAAAAAUAGUAUCAUCAA